UUCCCGCAGCUCGGUCAGUUGGCGGCGGCUUCCGCUCGGAAACGCUCCCGCUGUGCUGAGCGCCCCUGGGGCGCCGUGCCCGGGGUGCUCCUGGAGCUGCGGCCGCUCCGCUCCGGUCGGCGGAACCGGAGUAGCCGCCCCCGCCGGCGCUCCGCGCCUCCCGCUGAGCUUCUUUCCCCCCCCACAUCCGCCCAAUUUCCCCUGUCAAACUUUCCCAGCCGCUGCCGGCAGCGCGGCACCUGCCCUCGCCGCGCCCCGACCCCGCGGCGCAGACAAGCGAACCGCGCGAGCUGCGCGGCCCCCCGCGCACGGCCUCCCCGCCCCGGCGCAAGCGAAUAAAGUUGCGGAUUGGGGGGCGGAACAGGCGAAUUCCCCCGGGGAGCUCGGGCAGUCCUGGGGAGUCCCAGCCACGGGCUGCAAGCGGCUGCGGGGCUGUCAGCGGUUCGCCCCGGCUGCGGGGCCGGGCGGGCACCGCGGAUCUCGUCGUCGUCCCCCCCCCCCCCCCCCUCGUGUGUGCUCUCGGUCCCUCCCUGGGAACAGGCGCUGCCCACCCAAGGAGGCGACCGGCGUCCUGCCCCGCUCCCGCUUGCUCACUCGCACACAUAUACCCGUGCGUGCGCCUCUCUCGCUCCCUCGCUGAAGUCAGUGGUUGUGUUUUCAGGUUGCUCAGACCUGAAAUCUAAGGGAAAAAGCUCAGCGUUUGCAUCGCUGCUUCUGCCGCUGGUGGUGGUAGCGGAGAAAAGGAGAGAGGGUUUGUGGUUUUUUUUUCCCCUCUUGAAAUCAAUGGAUCUGAACUUGGAGUCUUUGGACCUCGGCGGUUUUGGAAUAUCUACAUGCUGAUCCUCUUUGUUGUGUCACAUCAGCUCGUUUGGGGAAACCAUCUGAAGACGGCAAGAUGUUUCUCGCUAUCUUGUACUUCGCUUUGCCCUUAGUGGAUGUACUUUUGUCCACAGAAGUGAGCGGGCUGCCUGGAGGGGACCGCCUUGACUGCGUGAAAGCCAGUGAUCAGUGUCUCAAGGAGCAGAGCUGUAGUACUAAGUACAGGACACUGAGGCAGUGUGUAGCCGGCAAAGAGAGCAACUUCAGCCGGGCGACAGGCCUGGAGGCAAAGGACGAAUGCAAAAGCGCCAUGGAAGCUCUCAAGCAGAAAUCUCUGUACAACUGCCGCUGUAAGAGGGGCAUGAAGAAGGAGAAAAAUUGCCUGCGCAUUUACUGGAGCAUGUACCAGAGCUUACAGGGAAAUGACUUGCUUGAAGAUUCCCCUUACGAACCAGUUAACAGCAGACUAUCAGACAUAUUCAGGCUAGCACCAAUUGUAUCAGUGGAGCCAGUACUUUCAAAGGGGAACAAUUGCUUGGAUGCAGCAAAAGCUUGUAACCUAAAUGAUACCUGCAAGAGGUUCAGAUCUGCUUACAUAACCCCCUGCACCAGCAGCACGUCUAAUGAAAUCUGUAACAAGCGGAAGUGUCAUAAGGCCCUCCGGCUAUUUUUUGACAAAGUUCCCCCAAAGCACAGCUACGGGAUGCUCUUCUGCUCCUGUCGAGACGUAGCCUGUACAGAAAGGAGACGGCAGACUAUUGUUCCUGUGUGUUCAUAUGAGGACAGGGAGAAACCAAACUGCCUGAAUUUACAAGAAUCCUGCAAGAAGAAUUACAUCUGCAGAUCUCGCCUUGCAGAUUUCUUCACAAACUGCCAGCCUGAGUCACGGUCUGUUAGUAGCUGUCUGAAGGAGAACUAUGCUGAUUGCCUCCUCGCUUACUCGGGGCUUAUUGGCACAGUGAUGACACCAAACUACAUAGACUCAAACAGUCUCAGCGUUGCCCCGUGGUGUGACUGCAGCAACAGCGGUAAUGACAUAGCUGAAUGCCUGAAAUUUCUGAAUUUCUUCCAGGACAAUACAUGCCUUAAAAAUGCAAUUCAGGCCUUCGGCAAUGGUACUGAUGUGAAUGUGUGGCAGCCAAUCUUACCAGUACAGACCACUACAGCCACAACUACAAUAGCUUCCAGACUUAAAAACACAGGUUCAGAGACCACCAACAAUGAAAUACCCACCCACAAUGAUUCACCAGCAUGUGCAAACCUGCAGGCACAGAAGAAGCGGAAAUCCAAUGAAUCUCUAGAUACAGAGCUCUGUCUUAAUGAGAAUGCUAUUGGGAAAGACAACACAGCAGGAGUCUCCACCGGUCACAUAUCUUCAGAGAAUUCACUCGCCCUUCCUAGAAGCUUCUAUCUAAGCACACCGCUCACCCUGAUGACACUUGCACUCUCACUCUGUUUGUUCCUAAGCUCAUCAGUCGUCUUGUAGCUGCAUUACAAAAGGACGUGUAAAAAAAAAAAAAAAAAAUCUGUUUCCUGUCCUCUGUUGUUUAUCUGGAAUUCCAGGUCUGGGAGCUAAGCUGAGGCACUCCUGCUAGAACAGUUUCAGUCAGCUGGAAUUAUUUUUUUUUCUCUCUAAAAAAGCUUCUUGUGAUAUUUAGAGGCUUUGUGAAAUACUUGGUGCAGUGCUACAUUCCAAACCCAAAAGGCUUUUGGGCAUGCAGUGUUUUAAAGAGACAGUGUGUAAAUUUGCCUGUAAAGCGACCUGGUUGGAUUAUUUUAGUAAUAAUUAUUUUAAUUCUGGCUUUUACCUGAGAAGGAGGAUGGCAGUUUUCUUAAGAUCCUAUUAAUCUCAUUGAAUGGUUUUGGUUUUCAAAUUAAUUGAACUUCAGACUAUCAAGGAUGCCAGGCUUUUGUCUAACGGUGAAUGUUCUCCCAGAGAGUGGACUUCAUGAAACUUUGUUUGAUAAAUUGCUACUGAUGUUAAACUCUUUCAGUGUAUUAGCAUUUUCCUCUUUAAAUGUUUACGUACUGUAAGUGAUUCUGCGUUCCCUGCUGAGAAGCCAUUAUAAUUCGCAUACAGGUAUAAUGUACGUCUUUCAGUUAAGUUCUCAUAAAAAUAGGGUGUGGCAUAGAACUUUCUAACAGUACAUUUAUCUUUUAAUUAUAAUCAUCUAGCCUUAACAAGGGUGAAGAUUCUUUAAAUUAACACGAAGCAGCCAUUGUGAAAGCUUGAUAACGAUACAUUUCUUUAAAUUUGAGGAUAAGCGGUAGAAAGAAAUUUUGCUACAGGGUUUCAGCUGUACAGUCUGUGGUCCUCUAUGCUUCCAUUGUGAUAAUAUAGUCCAGUUAUUAUACUCUUUGUCUAAUAAAAAAAAUGACAUACAAUUUAUUUGCUCUACUAAACCAGCAUUAUCUGUUUAUACAUAGCUGAUAGUAGCUCAAAAAGUCACAGGAACUUCAUGACUUAUCACAGCAUUGUAGAGGGAAGAGAGGUAGCAGGUUAUCGUUUAAACUGCUAAAAUCAACACAAAAGGAUGGUUGAUCCAAUUACAAGGCAGCGUCAUGCACACUCACCCAUGUGACAGCCUUUUCUCACCCUGGUAGUUCCUCCUGCAGACCUUGGCACUGCUGACGUGAUGAACUGUUUGCAAGACCAGUUCCAUAAAUUAUUUUAAUGGUUUGGAUGGCAAUAUUGCCAGUGUACAUGGUUUGAUCGCUUUGGUUUUCAUUCAGUGACAUUGACAGCCCGUGCUGGCUCAUGCUGAUUUUCUGCGGUACCUAGAAGGAAUUCUUUAAAGCUUUAAAUGUCAUCAAAUAGGCAGCAUUUCUCCUAAGAGCUGUCUUUAUACCUAACUGUGAUGGCUUGUUGACUGUUACAAGCAGUUAUGUCUAAAUGAUCAACAGUAAUCAGUUUUUGUUUCUAUGGAAAGUAGAAGAUAACUUUGCCAAGCAAGGAGUUCAUCAUGUUGAAUUUACAGAUUUACACUGAGGCUUACACAGUUAUGCCCCGGCCUGCUCUGAAAUGUCCAGAUCAGCUAUUUGCAAUACAGCUAUAAAGUACAAAUUGUGGUUUUAUAAACUGCGAUGAAGUUUGGGAGUGUGCAAAAUACACAUCUUACUAAAAGAUUAUUAAACCUAUUGACAAGUUCAUUUUUUGAGCUUUUUCUUAGCUAAUAAUAAACUCUUCCAUAAAUUCUGAAAUUCACUUAUGUAGUCUUGAUUAUAGUCACAUAAUAUAGGUUUCAAAGCACUGUGUAUGUGAUAGAAUUCUAGGAUACUCUGUGCCACUGAACAUAACAAAUUAGACAAUAUUACUCUUUAAUUCGGUGCUGAUAAGAAACUGCAAAUUACUUUCAAAGGCACUAGAGCUGCUUUCGAGAAGAAACAUAUAGCACAUCAUUACCAGCAAAGCCCAUGUGGUUCCUGUUGCUCUUCUUGUAGCAGCUAAUCAAAUUAUUGAAAACUAGUGACAACAGAAAAAAGAUUACGAGAUUCAUGAUUUAAAAAAUAAAUUCUUUUAUGUCAAAAGGAUUUGAUAGUAUAACCUAUUGAAAUGCUAAUGAACAUAGCAUUGUAAUUCAAAAGUCUGACAUUAUCCAAUUAAAAAUAUUUUCAAAACAAAUUCAUAAACAGUACAAUUAUUAAAUUCAUCUUUGAUCCACAAAGCUUUCUUUAAAAUAGCAUUUGUAUUCAGCACAUUAAUCAUUUUAAGCAGUAUCAGGAAUUUUAAUAACCUCCCAGUAUAGUACAUACUUUUUGAAGAUUUUUUUUACAUUUGGUUUGAUUACAGUAUCUCUAUUACAUUUAAUACCAAUUAUUAGAGCUCUGACACUGUGUGAUCCAGAAUAAAAGCUAUUGAUCACUUAUACUGUAAACAACAACCUAAUUAGGUUCUGAUUACAAAAGAAGUUGCUGGUUAUCUGAUUCAAUGAGAGUUACCUUUGGAAAUACAAUUACGUACGUGGUAGAGGAAGAAAUGGUGUCUCAUACUGCUAGCCAUGUUACCAAACAAAACAGAGCACUCAAGCUUUUUUCCCAUGUAAAUUAAAAGCAUACUGAAUUCCUAAUUAAAAAAUAUAAAUUGCUUAUUAAACAGGCAAGAGGGAAAAAACCUCUGAGUCUGACACAGAAUGGGGUUUUUACAGGCAUCACCGUGCAAAUAUUGGAGGAUUUUUAGAAGUUGGAUGAGGUGUGGAUGAUGUCAAUUUAGCGUGGUGACCUUGUCAAUGCAGUCAUUUGCUACAGUACUGAAGUAUGCAAAUUGUUUAAUUUUUUUCCCCCCUUCCAGUCACUAAAAUGCCAUGUGUUGAGUGCUCAGUGAACAAGCUUAGGCUUUGUUAUAUAUAUUUCUUUAAUACAUUAAUUUUAUCAAUAUAACAAUAGUAGAGAAACUGGCCAAAUACGGGAUGUACAUACAGAUGAUCUACUGUUUAAAUUCUAAAUUUAACCAGUUCAGCUGUGUAUGAAUUAAAUCAUGGGGUACUGUAAACGUACACAAAUCAUCUUUCUCAUUGAACAUAAUGGAACAGACACUGUCAUUAGUAUUACGAGGAGUGUGUAUACUCUGCCAUGUUAACUAACCUGAUUAUUGUGUUUAUGUUUCUUCUUAAAAAUAGUACACAUAAAGAUAAAAUUCAGACUGAAUGUGGCUAAGGGUUUGCACUGUCUAAUGUAGAUACUGAUUCCACACACUAGUCCAAUGAAAGAAGCACUGGAGAUGAACCUUUCAGAUACUAGUAAAAAUAAUAAUUGAGGCUUUCCCUGGCCCCAGUGCAGGCAGUGACAUCCGCCAGCGGGCAGCAGUCGGGCAGGAGUGUCUGCGCAGGGAUUUGGUCAGUAAGGAGGAGCGCAGCCCUCGUUUCACGGACUCCGCUCUCUGAGAUCCCAGCUGCUGAAAGAGAAUGGGGAGGGAGGUACCGAGCAGUGAGCAGGAGCCGUCCGUCCGUCCGUCCUCACUGGGGCACUGGCCACUUCCCAUUCAACAGCUGCAUUCCCACCGUGUCCUUAGGAAGAAUUAGGAGGAACAGGAAUUCUUCAUCAUGUCAAAGCAUUGCGUAGACAGCCUCUGUCUGGAGACCUGUUCCCAGCCUUUUCCUUAAAUGAAAUUUUGUCCCUCUAAGACCCAACCCUCUGAAAAUGAGGCUGUUCACAGUUUGAGCAAUGUUGCAGUUUGAAUCAGUAGAUUGAAAACAUGAAAGUAUACACCUUUGCUAAGCGUGUGCAAUUAGGCUGGAGAUGAAGAAAACGGAAAAGGAAUCACCUUGAAAUCUCAAUCUAAUUUUCAUUUGUGAUUGUUGGCUUAAUCACCGCAAUAUUUCCACGGAGGAGAGAUGGUGAGAAACCAGUGAAGGAGAAGAGCAAAACUCAGCACAGCUCCCUGAUGGGUCAUAAUUUUGUGUAUGUCAAGUGACAGGAGUAUCUCAUACUUAGCUUGAAAUAAAAGAGCUGGAUUCUGCUAGGAACAGCAGCUCCUUCAGAGCAAGCAGUAAAAAGAUGGAAGAACGAGCAGUUAUUUGUACAGCAAUUAUAACUUUCUUUUAUAAAAUGUAAUUGUUUGUUUUCAACACCAAGGUGGAUCUACCUCACUGAAAAAUAUAUGUUCACUGGCAGGACUUCUGCAUUAAACCUAUUCUGGGCUACAGAGGCCCCCAAGGUUGUUUGAUACUCAUAAGGUUAGUCAGAUUCUACCUGAUCCCUGACACCAAAUAGGAAUAUAUUUGCUCCUGAUGAACUUGGCAGAGAAAUUAAUCCAGUGACUUGUUAAAUAUUUCUCAUCUUUCAAUAUUUGCUUUUUCUUACCAGCUCAGUUCUUUCUAUGACAUUUCAAUUAUUGGCUAUUUCAGCUUCUUCUUUAACUUCGGAAGGUCAUUUUCUCCAUACUCUACAGUAAUCCACUUUAUAGAUUUGCCUAAGUGUUUUUGUGGGGGUUUUUGUUUGUUUUUUAAUUACAGCCUUUGUUUCUGAGAAAAAAAUGUGGUCAAGAAUAUGUCUCUACUGAAUGACCAACACCUUUACAGCGGGAGGAAAUCGCGAGUUCCUAUUUUAUCUGUUUAGCACUGGUUUGACCGGAACACACUAAAAGAUGAUGUUGCUAUUCCCCAGAUGGAAUUUAAAAUUUAGUUUGGUACUGAAUAAGGAUUAAAAAGUUUUAAAGUCUCACAAUCUUUUAGAAAUAUUUAAAUACUUCUAGUGUAUUUUCCAGUCAGAAUUUCGAUCAGAUAAAUAAAGCCUCAGUAAGCAUUUUUUUUUUUUUUUCAAGAGCAAGAAGUUUCAUUGGGAAAUUUUGAUGGGUCCGUUAUUAAGGUAAAAUCAGGGAGGGUGGUGAAUUCCCCUUUUUAACUCAAUAUUAUCUUGACUUUCAUGCACCUUCGUUCCAUGUUCUCUUCAUCUGAGUAUCUUUGCCUUCGGGGAUGGUUAUGCUUAACAGAUGCAUAUUAGAUACGGUCACCUCAAUAAUCAGAAGCCAAGUCCUGCAACUCUUACUUAGAUGCUCCAUCUCUUUUAGCAUUCAUAAAAGCCAGAGCAACAAAUUCAAGAUGUAGCCUAAAGAUUACCUGAAGUUUAAAAGAGCACAGAGUCAACCGAUUCCUUAGUAGCAUUUCUUAUCAAUAUAGGUUGUGAUAUAAAUUGGUACCACCUAGACUACUCACUAAAGUUCUCUGAGCACAUUUAACCAGAGCAGCUGCAGUUUCUGCUGGUUUACCUUUGCCAGGUGCCAAUAGCUGAGCUUUGCCAUGAAUAGACUUAGAUCUCGUUGCUGCCUAGCUUAGAGCAGCCAAACCUGAUCCCACUUCAGCAAGGGUUCCCCAUAGCCCAUUUUCUCCUGCUUUUAGUGAUUCCAACACACUUUCAUUCUUUUGCACUACUUUUUAAUCUGGCAAAAGGAGAAUUCCCUAGAAUCCAGGAGAAAAUGAGUCAUAGAAUUAAGGGCAAUUUUCUGCAAAUUCCUCCUGCCAAAAUGCCACAAUAAUUGACCUCUUUACUUAUGGACUUCUAUCCUCCAGAGCAUUGAAUACCCCUUGCUUAGCACCUUCAGUCCUUAUGAAACUGAGCAGGAUUUGGGGGGUUUCAGCAUCCAGUAAAUGAGGCCAUGUUUGUUUUCAGGCUUCUUCAAGCCACUCAUUCUGUGAACAACAUUAGUAAAUACAGAUGGUGCCGCAGCAUUACACUACUCCCCGUGUUGGCCACCUCAUCUCAAGCAGUUUUCCAGCAGUGGUACUAAUGAUGCAAAGUUCCUCAAGACUCCUUCAGCUGGACAUUGCUUUGACAGUAGGAGAUGACAUUCCAUGUUCUACUAUUGUAAGCGCACAAAUGUUAUGGUUUUUAUUGUUUUAUUCUUGUCUGAAAUACAGUCCCCAAUCCACCGUUUUUUGAGUUCAUUUGCUCCAUCUGCUUGGAAGCACCAAAGAGCUGAAAACAUUUGCCUGAUGCCACCGAGUUCUUGGUAUCAGUUUCAGUAACAUAAGUCCAUCUCGGGUCAGUAGUCUCAGUCCAUAGUUACUGGCCAGUUCCAUAAAUCCAUACCACAGUGGGCACUAAGAGGCAGCAGCAUUCUUCUGGCUGACCACACAUGCACUGGUCACACGAGGUAUGUUGGCACCAGCUGGUCCGUAUUGUACCUAGUCUUUGCAUCUACUUCAUCACCCAGGCCUGUCUAGCCAGUGCGAACUUUAAUUAGACCAGACUAAUAAACCUUUUCAGAGCUACCAGCUGACAAGUAGGCUGUGCCUGGCUUGCUAGCUCCAACUCUUCAGCUGGUGUGCACAGAUUAAGUUGAUUUUGACCACAGCGCUUGUCCUUGGGUAGAAGAUUGAAAGGAACAAAAGCUAAACCCUAUAGAUUUGCUGAACCACAGGAAGAUGUAAACUCCUUCAAGCACAGAAGCCAGUAAAUCUGCUGAAACUCUGGAGUAAUUUUCAAAAUAAAAUUAAAGUAUCAUGGUCCUUUCCUGAUAAUGUUUAUGGAAUAGGAUAUAUAUGACAGAAGGAAGCUUUUGUUAAAAAUGGGAGAAAGCCUGAAGAUGCAAAAAUUACUGUUUAGGGAACCAUCAUUUAUUUUAGCAGGAGGUACUGCAGAGAGCACACUGCUGAGAAAUAGAAAUGUAUGUCCCGCUAGGUAGAAGACAGAGAAAUCACACUUUUUUUUUUCUUUGACUUUGUGAACUGGCCCAUGGAAACUGUUUCCCCUUUUGAGAGGUGAAGCAAUUUUCUUGGGAGUAUGCUAACCAAAAUGCAGCUGAUGGGAGCUCAGGGUCUCCUUCCCACAUCCCCAGACCUGAUUAUUAGUAAUGACAUCCUCUGCAUGCUUUGGGGUGGGACAGAGAUUUUAACCCUUAAGCAAAAGGUAAUUCAGGAAGAGUUUUUCUAAGGAUUGUUAGAAGUGGAACAAAGCCCCACAGCGGAUUGCAUCUGGCAGGGGGGAGCGUGCAACCUGGACUGACCUGAGUCACACUCUGCUUGUAAAGAAAAGUAAGUGGAGGUAAAAAUUGAAAGCAAAAAAAUAUGCUCUUGAAUUUUAUAUUGCCUCCUCUCUGGGAGGGUCACAGUAGAAGUGAGGCGUAAAAUCAACCUCUUACCUCUUCUCAGUACUCUCCACUGUUUCUGGAUAAGAAAAAAAUAAAUCCAAAAGGCAGGCAGUGGAAGAAAUUGCUUCAAAGCACUGCAACACGUGGGAAAUUUAACUGGUGGCAAUUAUUAAUCUCUGUUUUCUCCCCUCCCCCAAGAUUAUUGCUACUGAGUCUGCUUAACGGGGUUUGUAUGAUGUCUUGUGUAGCAUUACUUCGUGCUGAAAUGAUUAGCUGUGAUUACUAGCGCUCAUGCUGGGAGGGUGUAUGUGUCUUUCACCUGAGGGUAUGUCUAAAUUUGCACUUUUUGUCUAAAGUGCAAGGUGACAAGAGCUGCAACAAAGAGGAAAUAGUAGGGGAAGGCUCAGGUAAAAGUAAUUUUUGUUAAAUCACAAUGAUCAAGGGAUAACUUGAGGGUAGGCAGAAAGGAUACAGAUAAAGGUUACAAGUAGGAUUUAGACCCAGGAAGACUGGCAUUCACUGUGAACUGAGGAUAUCCAAUGUUAGUAUUUUCCUGCUUUUUUUUUUUUUGCCUUUUUUUUUUUCCUUCUCCUUUUCCAAAACUAUCUGUCUAGAACAUGCUUCCAUUUUCUGGAGGAAAUUCUUACACAAAUAGUUACCUUCUUGUGUAAAUUCUCUGUUGUCUUACGGAUUUCUGUACAUCUCACUGCAGGUUAUUAUGUGUCAGGUCUUCAGUCAUAAUGGCUGGUAAUUUGUAGUAAAAAAAUAAAACCACUGUUCAAUUGUUCCUGUUGACUUACUUAGACAUUGCUCUAAGGACAUUGCUCUUUGGACUGUCCACACUUUGGAAGUCAACUCAUGAUGUUUGGCGUUUUCUGUUAGCAUAAUCUUCCUGCAUUAGUAUUGUACAUAUCCAGAAAACAAUCCCUCUCAAUAAACAACAUUAUCUUUUUUUAUUAAAAA